AUGGCAGGGCUGGGGCGGCGAAGGGCGCAGGCGGGCGGCGGCAGCCCUUGCUGGGCGCUGCCCGCGCUGGUGGUGGCGGCCGCGGCCCUGGCUGUGGCGGGGGCCGCGCGCCUGCAGCGGGUCUCUUUCCCGCAGCCCAUCAGCAACCUGGCUGUGAGCGGGGGGCGCGUGCUGGUGGCCAGCGGCCAUUGCCUUUACCAGCUGGAGGCAUCGCUGCCGCCCUCCGGCGCCCAGCCCCCGCUCUACUGCGUGAGUCGCCCCGACUCGGUCAACAAGAUCCUGCUACCCUACGCAGAGGAGGAGGGCGGCCGCCUGCUCACCUGUUGGAGCCAGCCCGACGGCGUCUGCUACCUGGGCAGCCUCAGCGGGCCCCACCGCGAGGAGACGAUGCCGCCGGUGAAUAAAACGCUGGGCCCCUCCGUGGGCUGCUCGCCGCAGGGUUCAUCGGUGGGAAAGAUGUACAAACGAAGCGCGGGAUGGUUCCUGAUAGCGGCCACCACCACGCUGCAGGACUCCCCGGACAACUGUACGGACGACAACGCCCUCUUCAUCCUGCAAGAGAACGAGGCGCGAGCGGAGGAAGAAACCCGCCUGCCCGUACACGAGAAUGCCUCCUUCGUGGACGUCCUUCGGUGGGCAGGGCACUUCUUCUUCCCCUACUACAACUUCAGCGACCUCAACAUGCAGCCCAAAAUGGCCAUCGUCGCCUGGGAGCCCGGGGACUCCCAUCUCCAGUACAGCCAGACGGUCUUGUGGUGCGCCAACAAAACCCGAAUCGUCUCCUCCGGCCAGCUCAACCUCAGCCAUGGGCAGGCCUUCUGGAUAGGGAUCUUCGGCCCGGCCGAGGCUCCCAAGACGCCCACUUCGACAGCCCUUUGCCUCUUCGACCUCCAGCAGGUGCUCAACGACUCCCAGAGAUGCUCCUACUCCAAAGAAGCCCAUGAUUGUGGGAAGACAACAGAGCCAGUGAACAACUCACCUUUUCUGAUACACUCUAAUUUAGUAUCCGUUCAUGCCACUGUGGUUUUGAAAACACCUGUUUUGUUUUUGGGAACAGAAAAUGGGCAGCUAUUGAAGGUUAUUCUUGAUGAGAAAAUGAGGCCAAAUUGUCCAGACAUUUUAUAUGAAAUUAAAGAAGAAACGCCUAUUUUCUACAAACUUGAAUUUGACCCCCUGGAUAACAACUUCAUCUAUCUACCAUCUAAUACGGAGCUCAGGAGAGUACAAGUUGCAAACUGCAAUAAGUAUUUUUCCUGUAAAGAGUGUUUAUCUGCAAUGGACCCCUACUGUGGAUGGUGUCAUUUGAACAAAAGGUGCUGUUUUAAAGAAGAAUGUUCAAAUAACUCAAUGAAGUGGAUAGACAUUUCAAAAGGAGUUGAUAAAUGCUUGAAAAUCCAUGUGUAUGGUACUUACAGAGGUGAGAUUGCUGUGACUUCAGUUGGAAAUUUUUCAGACCUUUCUGAAAGAUAUUCUAGUUGCAAGGUAAUUAAUACACGGACCAACAAAACUCUUUGUGAAAAGAAGAGAGAAGAUGUGAAUUGUACCUGUUCUCUGAACUCUGCAGAUCUAACUGACAAAGUUCAAGUAUUACUCAUUUAUGGCUCUCAGAAUUUAUCAGAAGUGUUUGAAUUUAACCGCUGUUCUUUACAGAAAACAUGCUCAGAAUGUGGACACUCUAACUGCACCUGGAAUUCCAGAGAACAAAUAUGUGUAUCCUCUGAUACGACUUGCAAACGAAAGAUUGAUUGUUCUGUGCUUAUCAGUGCUUCGGAUGACAAAUAUACUGCACAAAGAUUAAAGCCCAUGCACAGUAUUUCCAUUGAACCAAUGUGGGUUUCAACAUUAGGCAAAAGUAAAAUUCUGGUCAGAGGAAAAAAUCUUACAGCAUCAAAUGUUUUGAUGGAGAUACGUGGAACUAGUAGCUGCAAACCAGAUAUCAUACCUGUCACUGAUGUGCUAAAUGACACGCUUGUGGAAUUCUGUUUACCUCCAAGUCGAAAAGAAGCCAAGAGCGUAUGCAUAAAGGCAGAUGGGUUUAAAUGUUCACCUGCAGUGACACUGCACUAUGUCUCUCUCCCAGUAUGUUCUAGGAUUUUUCCAAAUAUUUCCUGGUUAAGCGGAGGUCGCAAUAUAACCAUACUUGGGAAAAAUCUAAAUGUGACGGAUAGGGUGAUUAUUUCAAACGAACGUAAACAAGCUGUGCGUGAUUUUUCAUGUUUAAUGGAUGGUGCUACAUGUCAUUUUCAGUCUCCAAAGCUUGAGGCUAAGGAAGAGAAUACAUUUAUUGAUCUUGGACUAGAAGUAGAAAAGGAAACUAUAUAUUGUAGUGCUACUUUACAAUAUGAUCCCGAUCCUAAAUUUAUUUACUAUGAACUGACAACAGAUAUGGAACCUGAACUGGAGUUAAAAAUACACAAAGAAAAUGAUAGAUUAAAUAUUUCAGUAAAUGAGAUUGAAGUUUUUCUGGAGGUUGACAGUGCCAUGAAUAUAACUUUCACUGUCCAAAAUAUUUCAACAACUGAAAGUCGUAGUACAAUACACUGCAGAGCCAAAUGGGAAAAGAAUGGCAAGCUUGAGAUGUCCAGUGUAAAAGUUUUGGUGAAAGUGGGGAACCGUACUCAUGAAAUUCCAAAUGAACUACCCAACUAUUCAUUUAUGUUAAUUCUUUUGUUCAUCCCUGUAGUAAUUGGGGUUGCAGUCUUUGUCACCCAAAGAAAAUCGACACAAUUAAACCGCAAACUGAGUGAACAUCUGGAGCUAUUGGAAUGUGAACUUCGCAAAGAAAUUCGUGAUGGAUUUGCUGAACUACAGAUGGAAAAAUUGGAUGUGGUUGAUAGUUUUGAAACAAUCCCCUUCCUUGACUAUACACACUUUGUUCUUAGAGCUUUUUUCCCAGAGUCUGACAACUUGGCAUCCAUCUUCAUUGAAGACACUAAUCAACCACUUAGCAGAAAUCCAGAUUGUAAGGAUGCAAGUAUUACAGCCUUGUUUGCAUUAAUUUGUAACAAGAACUUUCUUAUUACUCUGAUCCACACUCUUGAAAAGCAGAAAACCUUCUCCGUGAAAGACAAGUGCCGGUUUGCAUCUUUCUUGACAAUCGCAUUGCAAACAAACCUCGUCUAUUUAACCCAUAUUCUAGAAGUUUUGAUGAGGGACUUGAUGGAACAGUCUAGCAAUAUACAACCCAAGCUUAUGCUAAGGCGUACAGAAUCAGUAGUGGAAAAGCUGUUGACAAAUUGGAUGUCUGUUUGCCUGUCAGCUUUUCUUCGGGAAACAGUUGGAGAACCAUUCUAUUUGCUAGUAACAACACUGAAUCAAAGGAUAAUCAAGGGUCCUGUAGAUGUAAUAACAUGCAGGGCUUUGUACACACUAAAUGAAGACUGGCUAUUAUGGCAAGUAACUGAUUUCAGCACAGUGGCAUUAAAUGUUAUCUUUGAAAAUCAUCUGGAAAAUGAAGAUCAGGACACCGCACAGAAUAUCCAGGUUAAUGUUCUGGAUUGUGACACCAUAGGACAGGCUAAAGAGAAGAUCCUGCAAACCUUUCAGAACAAGAAUGGGUCUGUUUAUGGUCUCCAUCUCAAUGAGAUGGGUCUCGCCCUUCAGUCAGAUACACAAGCAAAGGAACUUCUAGACAGAGAUGCUUCCUCUGUAAUUCUGGAAAACGGAAUUGCCAAGUUGAACACCAUUGGCCAUUAUGAGAUUUCAGAUGGCACAACUGUUAAAGUCUUUAAGAGGACAGGUCUCUUGCCAGAUGUAGAGCACUCCUCUGAAAACUGUUGCCAUCUGAUAUUACCAAAUUCUGAAGCUGCCAAAGAUAUACACAGUGCAAAACAUAAAGGAAAGCAAAAGUUUAAAGUGAAGGAAAUGUAUCUCACCAAACUCCUGUCUACAAAGGUUACAAUUCACUCAGUUGUUGAAAAGCUCUUUAGGAGUAUUUGGACUUUGCCCAACAAUAAAGCUCCAGUUGCUAUCAAGUAUUUUUUUGAUUUUUUGGAUGCUCAGGCUGAAAAUAAAAAAAUUACAGAUCCUGAUGUGGUUCAUAUAUGGAAAACCAACAGCCUUCCACUUCGCUUCUGGGUGAAUAUAUUGAAGAAUCCCCAGUUUGUCUUUGACAUUAAGAAAACUCCACAUAUUGAUGGCUGUUUAUCAGUCAUUGCUCAAGCAUUUAUGGAUGCCUUUUCUCUGUCAGAGCAGCAACUUGGGAAGGAAGCACCAACAAAUAAACUUCUUUAUGCCAAGGAUAUUCCACUGUAUAAAGAGGAGGUUAAAGCUUUCUAUAAAGCAAUAAGGGAGUUGCCUUCAUUAUCCAGUUCAGAGCUAGAAGAAUUUUUAACUCAGGAAUCCAAGAAACAUGAAAAUGAAUUUAAAGAGGCAGAGGCAUUGACUGAAAUUUACAACUACAUAGCAAGAUACUUUGACGAAAUACUGAAUAAAUUGGACAAAGAGCGAGGACUGGAAGAAGCACGGAAUCAGCUCCUGAAUGUAAGAGCUUUGGCUGAUGACAAGAAAAAAUGCAAAUGGAUUGCAGAAGAGCUCAGUGAUCCAUAACUAUGACGGAAAUAAUUUUAAAGACUGGUACUUUUAUUCAAAGAAGUCACGUGACUGGCCCCAAUCCAGUUCUAGUCUAACUUAGUUGCACACAGCAUCUAGUGAUUCCAGAUGGGGAAAGUGCCAGAAGAUUCAUCUAUGACAGUUCAGAGGUCCUGGAGAAAAACUGCAUUGCAGCAGUAGACAGGUAUGCAGAUGCACAUCUGCAGACAGAAAACUCUGACCGACCGCACAUGAGGCUGUUUUGUGCAUUGAUCAAAAACUGGCAGUAUUUUUACACAGUAUGUAUAACUUUUAUCAUGGCAGGUAUUGUUUGAUAUAUAUAGAUACAGAUAUUUUAAGUGCUAGAGCUACAAACCCUCUGUAAGACAGUCUGUUUCCAUUUCAUUUAGCAAGUGGUGCUUUCUAGGGCAGUUUGCCUAAGUAGCCUGUGUUCUCACUGAGCUAUAACGGUUCAGUGUGAGCCUUAAAGUUCUUCUCAGUUAUUUCUACAUAAGCACAAGUAUAUGAUCCUGCUGCACAUGGGCUAUACCUUAAAGAGCAGUGAACCCGCGCCAGUGAGGCCCAAGAUGAUUUCAUUUGACCACACAUAACUGGCUAGGCAUGCUCCUACAUGCCUGCACAGCUGCAGUGUACCUAGAGAGGGCUGACAGGGAGGAGGAAGGAAGAAGUACCAUGAAUUCUAAUGGAGAAGUUUUUCUAUAUUCCACUCCUGAAGUGCAGAAAGAGCCCUUCCCUUUCUUUUCUUUUCCAACAGAUGAAAACCAGUUAUGAUAAAAACUCAGGUGAGAUAAGGGCUAAUCAGUACUAUACAGCAAUCAUGCCAUAAAUCAAAAUUAUUUGGAAAUAUGUGAAACUUCCAGUCCUGUUAUCUUGAUAUCUGUUCUAGUCAGCUUCUCCACUUUCCUUUCAGUAGAUUAUGGAACCAGGCACUUUUAUGCUCCUGUAACAUUCACUGCUGCACACUGACCAGAUGAGGCAUUCGAGGAGCCGUAGGUAUCCCCAGAAUGACCUUCCCCCAUGACACUGCUAACAUCAGCAAAGGCAAAGGAAAGCCUUGCUUGCCUUUUUCAAAUGCUGCUCUAAGACAGAAAAAGAUUCUUCUUCCAGAGAGAGAGAGAGAGAGUGUGUGUGUGGUGCUCCUGUUUGUCCACUAAAUCAUAAUUUUGUGCCUGCCAGAGAGCCAAGCUACA